AUGGCUGUUGGUGCUGCCGACGAGGCUAAGGCGCCCCAUGAGUUAUUUGAUACAAUCCUCGUAUUGGACCACGGCUCCCAGUAUAGCCAUUUAAUUCUCCGAAGACUGCGGGAUAUGGGCGUUUACUGUGAGAUGCUGGCCUGCGAUGUCAAAUUUGCCAAUCUCCCCUUUAAACCGAAAGGCAUUAUCCUAUCCGGCGGCCCUGCCUCCGUCUAUGACGCCGAUGCUCCUCAUGCCGACCCGGCCUACUUUAAGCAGACUGAAAUCCCCCUGCUUGGCAUCUGCUAUGGUAACCAGUCUAUCGCUUGGAGACUGGAUCCCGAGAAUGUUGUUCGAAGUGAUCACCGUGAAUAUGGAUCUGCUGAAAUCAACAUUCACCGUAUCAACAGCCAUGUCGAUCGGCUCUUCGAUGGCCUGGGCGAAAAGAUGCAAGUCUGGAACAGUCACAGCGAUCGGCUGAGCCGUCUUCCCAAGGGCUUUGUGACAAUAUGUGAUACUACCUCGGCUCCAUUCUCUGGAAUAGCAAGCUUGGAGCACAAUGUCUUUGGGCUGCAGUUCCAUCCUGAAGUAGAACAUACACAAAAUGGCGCGAAGAUACUUCGAAACUUUGCCGUCAACAUCUGCGGCUGUCUGCCAAACUGGACAAUGUCCAACUUUGUCGAGCAGGAGAUUGCUCGAGUUCGUAAGCUCGUUGGCGACACAUCACAAGUGAUUGGAGCCGUGAGCGGAGGGGUCGACUCGACCGUGGCGGCCCAACUCCUCAAGACUGCCAUCGGAAGUCGUUUCCACGCUGUCCUCAUCGAUACUGGACUCUUGCGGCUCAAUGAAUCUCAAGAGGUCAAGGAGACUCUCCAGAAGCAUCUCGGCAUCAACCUGACCGUGGUCGAUGCCUCCAAGCGCUUCCUUGACGCCCUUGCCGGCGUGACGGACCCAGAGCGUAAGCGAAAGAUUAUCGGCAGCUUGUUCAUCGACCUAUUCGAGGAGGAGGCGCUACGCAUCGAGAAGGAAGCCGAGAAGACUCCCAACGCCGGCCCCGUAAGAUUGUUUCUUCAGGGCACGCUCUAUCCCGACGUCAUCGAGUCAAUAUCCUACAAGGGGCCCAGCGCGACGAUCAAGACUCACCACAAUGUCGGAGGACUUCCAGCGCGCAUGAUGAACGGAGAAGCGAAACUGCAGCUCAUUGAGCCGCUCAGAGAACUGUUCAAGGACGAGGUGCGAGCCAUGGGAAGGCAGUUGGGAAUUCACGAUGAUCUUGUCAUGCGCCAUCCGUUCCCUGGCCCAGGCAUUGCCAUUCGCAUCAUUGGGGAGGUCACAGCCGAGCGCGUGGCUAUUGCCCGCAAGGUCGACAACAUCUUCAUCACCGAGAUAAAGAAGGCAGGCAUCUACAGCAAGAUGGCCCAGGCGUACGCCGGCCUCGACACCAACAAAGCCGUUGGAGUCAUGGGAGACAACCGCGUUUACGGCUACAUCGUCAUCCUGCGGGCCAUAGUCACGACGGACUUUAUGACGGGAGAGCCCUACGAGUUUGACUUUGCUCUCCUGAAAAAGAUCAGCACUAGCAUCGUCAACCUCGUAGACGGUGUCUCCCGUGUGACCUACGACAUCACCUCAAAGCCACCAGGGACCAUCGAGUUGGAGUGA